AUGUGCGAACUUAAAUACAUCAAUGUUGACAUCUACGGGAAAUGUGGGAAUCUCUCUUGCCCUCGCUCUCAGUUUGACCAAUGCCAAGACAUUCUGAAGACGUACAGAUUCUACCUGUCCUUUGAGAACUCUUUCUGCCAGGACUACGUGUCGGAAAAACUCCUCCUGCUCUAUAAACAGCGCAAUCACGUGAUCCCUGUAAUCGGCCGGGAACUAGGGGUUUACCUGAAGGAGCUGGGUUCCAAUCCCGACCGUUACGCCAAGGUGCUGAAGGAAGUAGACAAGCUGACUGGGUUGGGUCACUUCAUCGACUGGUGCGACAUCUGUGAGAAAAUUAACACCGUCACCGCGAGCAAGAAGAUCCCAGACAUCAAGGCCUGGUCACAUGAAGGGAAAUGCCAUCCGCCGAAAGAUGUCUAG